AUGGUGCUCACUGCAGCACCAGGAGAAGCAUCACCUCACCCCCAGGGCAUGGUCCCUACACCCAUAAACCCUGCUGAGACAGCCUGGGUCCCACCACGCUCCUGUGGCUACUCGGUGCCGAGAUCCAAGACCUUUAUAAGCGACGACAGUGACCAAGAAAUGAUCCAGGGCUGGCGUUUUGCUCCUUGCCGUCAGCCGUGGAGUACCAAAGGUACGAGCAGUACCCGAUGCCUGGGUGCCACCCCUGCAUCUCGCCUGCCUGGAGAGCGAAGCAGACUUGUAGUUGGGUUUUUACCUUCCUACCAGCAAACUGGAAAGCACAGGUAUAUUCGCAACGUCGCUCCGGAUUGUGUAAAAACCUGCUCAGAUGUGAGCAACUCACCCCUUUCUGUCCAGUCCGUAGAUGAAUGCAGCAGGAGCGUGGCGGCGUCAGCAGAAGUCCCGUGGGUGCUUGUGCACUUGGCAGAGGGCCGGCAAGCGAGGCCUGCGACGCCACAGCUGGGCAGGAGCCCUCCCCGUCUGCAAGGAGCUCGAGCAGCGCGUCGUGGGCAGGACUCGGCUCUGCGGGCGGCAGCGCUAGCCGGCAAAACGGAAUUCAGUCCGUGUGUCUCUGCUGGAGAAGUUCUGGAGCUGAAACAGGGACGCAGCAGCCAACGUGGGCCUCGGUGGGCUCGGGAAAAUAGGCACCCGAGCUUUGGCGAGAGGGUCGUGUCCUCCACAGAGAGCCUUUCUUCUGUGCCCACACCUCGGCGGCACAGGAGCAAACGUUCAGAUGUCAUUGGCUUUGCGAAGUGCUUGGGAGAUUUGCUGCCAUAUGAGCCUCUUCCCCUUUCCCACCCGCUGCGUGAAACAUCCUUAAUUCUAUGCAGGUUAAACUUGGUUUUCCUUCUCUGGAUCUCGAUGAUACUCGUGUGCUCGGGAUACCCAGUUGCCCCUUCCAUGAGCAGCAAUCCUUUUAAUUCAAAUUGCCAGCUGUAUGGAAAAUCUGAUUACUGCCUCGUCCUGCUGACUGACUGCUUAGCCAAGGCGGGCAGGAAGGAAGAACUGGCUUUUUUAAAGCCUUACCUGGAGAUGCCUUUCCACAAGAGGUCCUUUCGCAAUGGCGUCGGAUCAGGAAUUAAAAAAACUUCCUUUCGAAGAGCAAAGUCAUAG